AUGGAGGAACUGGCCCUGGAGAGCAUCAGUCAGCUGGCCCGGUCGGGUUCUUUCGCCGACCCCCCGCGGCUCGGCUCGGUCGGGGCGGUGUUCAUCAUGCUGAAGUCCGCGCUGGGAGCGGGCUUGCUUAACUUCCCCUGGGCCUUUGGGAAGGCUGGGGGUGUGAGUACCGCCAUCACCGUGGAGCUGGUGUCUCUGGUAUUCCUCAUCAGUGGUCUGGUCAUCCUGGGCUAUGCGUCGUCCGUCAGCAGACAGAAGACCUAUCAGGACGUAGUGAGGGAGGUGUGUGGACGAGCUGUGGGACGGCUCUGUGAAGUCUGUUUUUGCUUCAACCUCUUCAUGAUAAACGUCGCCUUCCUGGUGGUGGUGCAAGACCAGCUGGAGAAACUGUGUAUUUCUUUAUACGAGACUGUGACCGGAUCAAGUGAGGCAGACAUGCCUUAUCACUGGUACACCGACCAGCGCCUUGCCCUCUUCAUCAUGUGUCUUCUCAUCAUCCUGCCUCUGUCCAUCCCAAAAGAAAUCGGCAUACAGAAAUACACAAGUGUAUUAGGGACGCUUGCGGCUACGUAUCUCUGUGUUGCAGUCGUCGUCAAGCAUUACCUAAUGGACAGCCACAGGAUUAUUUACCCACAGCAAAGCCGAGGAGUCAGUUCCUGGACCUCCAUGUUUAGUGUGGUACCAACCAUUUGCUUUGGCUUCCAGUGCCAUGAAGCCUGUGUAGCAAUCUACAGCAGCAUGGAGAACCAGAAGCUCCUCCACUGGGCGGCCAUCUCUGUGCUCUCCAUGUUUUUCUGCUUGCUCACUUACACUCUGACUGGUGUGUAUGGCUUCUUGACCUUUGGGCAAGCCGUAGCCUCAGAUAUUCUGAUGUCGUAUCCUGGAAAUGACGUGGUGAUAAUCAUCUCCAGGCUGCUUUUUGGCGUAUCGAUCAUCACGAUAUAUCCCAUUAUUCUUCUGCUGGGGAGAUCUGUGAUCCUGAACCUGGUGCUACGACUUCAAAGAAAUCGUUGCGGGGUCGUCACUCAUUCGUUUGAGAGUCGCUGCAGAGUCAUUCUGACUGUGGCCUGGAUCGCCUUCACGCUUCUGAUUGCCAUGUUUGUCCCAGACAUGGCCGACGUCAUCAACGUCAUUGGAGGAAUCAGUGCCUUCUUCAUCUUCAUCUUCCCUGGUCUUUGCUUAGUGUUCACAAUGCAAACUGAAGAUGUCUCUCCAAGACUGCGGAACAUUUUAACCGUCUGGGGCGUUGUAACAAUCGUGGUUGGAGCUUUCAUCUUCGGACAGAGCACCACCAUUGCUGUGAUGGAGAUUUUCCACAAGUUCAAAGCUUAACAAAGCAGGUCCGCUACAGCAGAACCUCACCUCUUCUGUCGAACUAGACGCUGAAUUUCCAUGGCUGGCUUUUACUUGUACAUUUAAAUAUACAUUUUGUCUUCUUGAGCAGAACGCAUAUUAAUAGAAUAUGCUUGUGUGCUGUGCAAUUUUCAGUUUAAAUGGGUUUUAUUUUAAGCAGAACAUCUUUAUGUAAUAAGUCCGUAUAUAUCUGAUUAUGGUUAAGCAUGUUUGCAGCAGAAGUAUUAUUCAGAUUGUAGCUGAUCCCCAGUACUUGAAUUAAAAAACAGCCGGUCUC